AUGAUGGUUCACUUUGAGAGCGAUAGCGACCACUGGAAGAGCGCCGUCGGGAUCGGCGCAGCCGGUUGCUUCCUUUCCAUCGUGUCAGUGGCGGCUCGCAUGUAUACUCGGUAUUUUGUCACGAGAUCGGUCGGCGUCGACGACUUGAUGGCCAUUGUCUCACUGCUGUGCACGCUGGGCAUGUACAUUACGCUGAGCAUAUAUGCGACUUGGUAUGCCAGCGGCAACAUUGAGAGGUGGACACGGGCCGAUGCCAAGAAUUUUCUCCUCUUGUUUUGGGUCAACGAGCUGGUCUACAAUGUCGGCACGCUCUUCAUCAAGUGGACCUACCUCUUCCAGUACCUGCGAGUGUUUCGUAACGUCAAGGCCAUGCGCAUCGCCUACUGGGUGUGCAUUGUCUUGACGGGGGCGUGGUACGCUUUCCAGGUCUUUGGCUUCAUGUUCAGCUGCAAUCCGGUCGCCGGGUUCUGGGACAAGUCGAUCAAGUCGACGUGCAACAUCACGAGCAAGAUUGGGUCCACGACGGGCUUCUUUUACGUCAACGCCGCCGGAACGCUUGUUAUUGAUAUUGUCGUCCUCGUCCUCCCGAUUCCCACCAUCUGGAACUUGAAGCUUCGUACGCGGCAAAAAUGGGCCAUCUUUGGCAUAUUCGCCGUAGGAGGAAUUGUUCCGGCCAUCACAAUCGGUCGAAUGGCGAGUUUACACGACCUUGACACGAACGGAAUCGUCAAUUCGGGCAUCUGGUCGCUCAUGGAGAUGUGCGCCGGCAUAGCCACUGCGGCAUUGGCGACGAUACGUCUGCUCAUCAGCCGCAAGGUGCCCGUUUUCGGCACCAGUGCACCGAGACGUCAACUAGUUGCAAAGAGAGCCAGCCCCUUUAGCACUUUUGGAUCGAGGGCCAGACCCGUAACGAGCGGAAGCCAGAGGGACCUAGUCGUUGCCGGGUUUGAAUGCGAGAUGCAGGGCGGGUCCUCGACGGGACAAAGCAGCAUUGAUAUCAGGAAGGAGGGCGACAUCACAACAACCUCGAGCAGGACAUCCACUACGGCGGCGGUCCAAAACAAAGGAGGAUGGAGGGAGUCGACCUCGGAGGCCCCGCUGCGACCCAACCCAAAUCUGCGCGAGAAUACCGAGUCUUUACACUUUGGCUUGCCGCACGGAGCCCAUGGCGUGGGCGUUCAGACGACCAUUACAAGCGACCGGCAACGGGCCAUGUCGGCUUCCGGUGCUGUGUUUCUCGGUACUUUUGGUAUCCUCGUUGAGCAGGACUGGGAAGUCACCGAGUCCAAUGCCGCUUAA